AUGGAACAACUGCAAAAACAGCUAGAUCCGGAGAGCUAUCAAAAGCUUUCAAUGAACAAAAUAACUUAUGAAUCCUUGAUGCAACUGAAUGACGAUGAUCUAAUAGAGAUGAAUAUACGAGAGAAAGGUCCGCGAAAGUUGAUCAUUACUUUCAUAGAAAAGAAUAAAGUAGAAAGAAACGUAAAUGAAAACGCCCCAGAUAACUUACAACAAGAGACGAUUCGUUCCAUUCUUGCUAAGGAACCAAAAUUCCAAAAAACACUUACUCGUCAGCUUGACUACGAGAUCGUACCAGAUACAAAAGGAUUGCUGCAUUUGAAUCGAAUUCUGACGAACCACUUCUUCGAAGCUCGCAUUCUUCAAGAAAGAAGAUAUCCAUCCUGGCAAGAAAAGCAAAAGCUGGCUGAACAGAUUAUUGAAGCUUUUCCACACCUUGAUCAAACACGAGUAAACGCACAGGCACCAAGAGAGUCUUUCUUUUUUUGGAAAAAUGGAGGAAAGGGAAAAGGUCCGCAUCUCGGAAUAAUUGAAACGCGAUGUUCGAACAUGAGGAAGGACGUAUCUCCUGAAAAUCGUUUAUUCCAAAGGCCUAAGAAAUCAAGCAUAGUAAUUCCUGAAGGAAUUCACGAGAGAGCAGUACGUUUGGCUAUUAUGACCGGAAAUACCCAGAAUGCGAAAAUAAUCUCCGACGAAAUGAUGCAUUGUUUUCCUCUUCAUCAGUAUUUGCUGCAAAACAAAAAUGAAAAUGUGACACAAGAAAUAAUAACAACUUUCCCCCAUCUCUUGGGAUACAAUGGAAUGAUGAUACAACAAGCCUACGAACGAUUACAUAUAAACUACAAUAAAAAUGCUGAUUUGGAAAAGUUUCUCUCUAUUGGAUUACUAAUGGAUCAGGGCGGGUGGAACAACAUUACUGAUAAGUGUCUCAGAGGAGCCUUACGAAUUAUGAAAAAAUUAACAAACAGAGGUAUCAAACGAUUCGCCGAAGAGUCUACGUCCAUGUCUUUGGAAGAAAUUACAGCUGCUCCCUUAGUUAGAUGGUUGAAGCCUGAUCUGGAAACAACUCCAAUACAGAGAGUAAAGAUGGCCAACCUACAGAACACAGCCUUGCCGCAUAUCGCUUGUGUUGCCGAGAAGUUUCAGGAAGGAACCCUAUUUUUAGUCGUCUACGGGCACAUUAUAGAGUGCGGCAGUUCCUCUAUACAGGCGAUCGAUGCCUUCUUUAAAGCGUUUGAUGUUCUAGGUGCCCCAGUGCCUGUUCUAUUAAGAAAACUUUACGAUUUUAUUUCUGUACAUUUAUACAAAACGUUAUGCUCAUCUGGCAGCACAAAAGUUGCAGAGCUCUCUCUUAUUUUCGAAGAAUAUGAAAAAGACUGA